GUGAGAUCCAAUAUAGAUAAAUUUCAUCGAUUGUUUUUAUCAUUCGAUUAUUAAAACCUGAACGUCAAUGAGCCUGAUGGUCUAAUCAAUAGAUGGCACUGUAAUCGUAGAGCCUGACUGCCUAAUCAGUAGAUGGCACUGUAAUCGUAUUGACGCUUAUUUGAAAAGUUAACGUAUCGCCUGUCCUGCGUUCAGGUUAUAGCGGUUAUAGGGUUGCAGGAUUUUACUACGUUAAAAUACAAUUAUGGCUCCUGCGAUAAGAGAUAACAUGAAAACCAUAUUUCACAAAGUGCAGUUCAACAAAACCGAUCAUCCGCAGUACAUAAAGAAGCUCACAAAGUUAUAUGAGAGGACUAAUUUAGAUACAUUCUGGGAAAAUUUUGUCUGGUGUCUGAAGGUGCCUCUUUCAACAUCGCAACAGCACCCAUAUGUCAUAAACACAUUAGAGUUUUGCGCUAAAUUUUGCAUGAGUUUCUAUCCAUCCCUGGAGAGCGAAACCACAGAGCCAAUCUCGCCAUUUCUUAGCAGGUUAUUCGAGUUUCUUUUAUCGAGUCACAAUGCUAAGGAUAAAGGAGUGAGAUUUCGCAUAUGCCACUUUCUAAACAUGCUCCUGAACUCCAUGGGCGAUAACGCUUUCAUCGACGACAAUCUGUGUGACCAAAUUACAGUCAGUAUGAUGGAUCGAUUGUUGGACAGGUCGCCUAAAGUCAGAGCGCAGGCUGUCUUUGCCUUAUACAGAUUGCAGGAUCCGUCGGACGAGCAAUGCCCUGUGAUAAAAAUGUAUCUCUUCCAUGUGUCUAAAGAUCCAAAUGCCGAGGUCCGUAAGGCCGUGCUAGCUACUAUGGGCAAAAAUCAGAAAACUCUACAGGCUGCAUUUAUAAGAACACGAGACAUUGAUGACUCUGUGCGUAAGACGGCGUACGAAUUUAUCAGUAAGAUCACCAUGCGUUCCUUGACUAUUGAGCAAAGGGAAUGUUUAUUGAAGGACGGUCUCAAAGACAGAUCCGAGAGUGUCAGGACAUGCGUAAACAAUGUUUUAUUGCCAGCAUGGCUAAGAUAUUUCAAGGGAGAGUAUAUGAAUCUUAUUCAUGCACUAGACGCAGGGAUAGGAACAGAGACGGCAACUUUAGCUUUACAGGUAUUAUUCAAAAAUGCUAAUUUAAAGGUUUUACUGGAGCAAGUGCCGAUAGAUAAAAAUACAAGAUUGAUUCCAUUAACGAGCUUAACGAAUGAAAAUGUUUUAUACUGGAAAUGUGUAAUACAACAUCUCUAUCGUCUUUCCUAUACGGAAGAGUUAGAAUUAACGAUUCCAGAAUUAUCAGAGUUUUGUAAAUAUAUACGCGAUUUCAUUGCUCUCAUAUCAUCUCAGCCAUACGAGACGUGGGAAAACGAGAGUCACAAGUUUAUUCUGUUGCAACUUUUUGAAAUAUCUACUACGUAUGAUCUCUCAGACGAAGUAGGCAGGAAGAAUCUGAACGAAGUGAUAAUAGACACUUUAAUGAGCGAUCAUUGUUCCCCUAAAAUAAUUGAGUGUCUGGUGAGUCAUUUGGCAAAAGUGAUACCAGAGGCCAGCAAUAUGCUGAAUGCUGUUGCUAAUGUUAUUAGCGAGACUAGGCUGCCGUUGAAAGAAAAUGUAGUCACUCAGCAAAUUACUGCAGAGCAACAGCACAAGAACAACAUGCAAAAAGCUAGAUUAAAAGUUGAAGUAAUGGAGCUCGAAGAGGAAUUGUAUCAAGCAGUCAAGGAACAAAAUUUUCUACAAGCUGACAGCCUUAAAGAACAGAUCAAUGGCUUGAAGGAGGAGAUAAGUCGUUUGUCUAAAACACCCGAACCUGUAAUAACUGAGGAUAAUAUGCGGGAAGAGAAAAAUGAUACCGCAACUAUGGUGAAAUGUCUUGAUAUUCUAUAUGUUGCGAUGCAAUCUAUGCGCGUGUUAACACCUACGCUCCGAAGUUUGAUGUGUUUUGUUUUAAACAGUCUUGACCAUCCUCACGAUAGUGUACAUGUAUUGGCACUAAAGACGUUGGGUGUUUACUGCAUCUUGGACAAAGAAUUGGCUAAGAAACACAUGAUGAUAUUCUUUUACCAGUUUUCUCUUGAGCAAGAAAAUCAGGAGAUAUGGGUUGUUUCUUUGAAGGGAAUAUUCGAUCUCUUGCUUAUGUACGGUUUGGAAUAUUUUGAUAUAUUGCAAUCUCCGGAAGAGAACAGAUCUGAGAAGACUCGCUCGCUUUAUACACACGAUGACAGCAAUUUGUCCCUAAGUAAACGAACUGAGAUAGAGGAGGGACCUUGCAAUUUCAUUAAAAUCUUAACUGGAUUGCUGACCAACGCGAAUCAAGAUUUGCGCACUACUGCAGCGGAAGGACUCUGCAAGUUGUUGCUCAAUCGACGAAUCAAUAGCAGUAAUCUAGUGUCGCGCCUGAUAAUUAUGUGCUACAAUCCAGUCAACGCCGAUGACAUUUAUCUUCGUCAAUGCUUGAGCGCUUUCUUCGACUGUUUCGUAGCGCGCGUGCUCGACGCGCAAGAAAUGCUCGAAGGCGCAUACUUUCCAACAUUGCAAGUUCUUUGCAACGCGCCAGACAUUAGUCCUUUACGAGAGAUUAAUGCGUAUCACAUAUCUAGGUUUAUACUGAGUUUAACUAGACGAGGUUGUCAGAAGACCAGCGGACAAAUGUUUUACACGCACAACAAUCUUGCAUUUGCUAUAUUGGCUGAGAUCUUGAAUCCAGAGAGCAAAAUAGAUCAAGAAGUUCUUAUUAGAUCUUUAACAAACUUAUGUAUUCAAAUCGAGGACGAUCUAUCGAAACAAAAUCUGCAAAAGGCCAUCAAGAAUGUUACGAAAAUGGUGAUGAAUUAUGAUAAACGAUUGCUCAAAUAUGUUCAGCAAUUUAAACAAAAAUUAGAAAUGCCCUCUGAAGUAACAGAAGGAAUUAACAUGGAGGAUGGGAGUGAAAGCGAAGACUAAAUAACAUACGAUUUGUAAAUAUAUAAAUUUUUUACUUUCAUAUAAAUUUUUAUGACAAAUAAAGUAAACGAAGUAUGUAAUA